AUGUAUAUAUCAAAAGAGACGAAGUUUGAUAUGAUAAUUCCGUCAGAACAAAGACGAUAUCGUCUAAGAAUAUACAUUGUGAUUUUCACGAUAAUUCUUAUAAUGAUAUGUUCAUAUUAUAAAAGUCGUAAUUAUUAUUUACCUGAAUCUAUAGGAAAUGAUAAUACCAAUAGUAAUAAAAACGAUAAUGGAAGCAACACAUCAGGACAUUAUAAAAUUAUGCUUCUAAUCACAUCUCAGAUGGAAGAAUACCAAUAUCGUAAAUUAUUACGAAGCAUAUUGUUCGGUAUAAAUGAUAAUCUAGAACCUUGUAUGAAAUAUGAUACAAAUAUUUAUUACAAAUUUUUGAUUCAUCCAUAUAACGCUAGUAAUAAGAUGUACAAAAGUUUUGUUAGUGAAAGUGUGGAAUAUAAUGAUAUGGUCGAAUUUCAACACCUAUUGAAUUCAAAUGUGAAUUAUACCCAAGAAGUUGUUCUUAAUUGGACUCAAUCGCUAAAAAACACUGGCAUAUCAUUUGAUCUUGCUGUACUUCUUGACAAUCAAUCCAUCAUGAAUCUCGCAAGACUUAAAAAACUCAUUUCCGAUAUCUCUCCAAUUCAACUCCAAAAUGUUGUAUGGAGUCGAUUUGAUGAUUCAUUUGCUGAUGAUAUGUUCGUAAUUCUUGGCAGUAAAGCCAUUCACACCAUCCUAGCUAAUAAAGAUCUCAUCUACAAAUCUGAUAAUCAAAACAUAAUCGCACUUGCUUAUUUAUAUGCAAAAAGUAAACAUCAACCUCCUUCAAACAGUUGGAAUAACUUGCUUUUCAUUAAUGACAAUAAAAGAUUAAUCACUCAUUUAGAAACAUUAGAUCAAAUUCCUGAUAAAUCAACCAUAAUGGUUAGAAACCUAUCCUUAAAAGAACUCAUCAAAGUUUCGAUUAAUCUCUUAAUUCCACCUAUAUCAGUUUGUCACCCUAAUACCCCACCACAUGGUGAACCAUCAAUAGCAGUAGUAACAAGUUCUUAUUUCUAUGACAAUAUUAAUAAUUGUUCCCCAUCGAUGCUAGAUGUAGCUUACAUGUCAUCAGAAAACAAACGAAUCUACGCUCAAAAACAUGGUUACGCAUUUAUUCCAAGAUCUUUAGAAUUUCAACAGAAUACUCAUAAUCCAAAUUUAAAAACGUGGGGUAGGAUUGAUGCCGUGAAAAAGGUUUUACCUUACUAUGAUUGGGUACUUUGGAUUGAUAAUGAUGCAAUUAUCAUAAAUCAAGAGGUUUCCAUUCAGGAACUUUUUAAAAAUAAAUCCAGUGCAAACAACGAUAAUAUAUCCAGAUCUAAAAAAGAUUUAAAAUUCAAUGCAGGAGUUUUUUUGAUUAAGAGUUCAGAAUGGAGUUUUGAAUUUUUGAAAAAGAUGCAAGAAAUGAAAGGUUUGCACAAUGAACAAGAAUCCAUGUGGCAACUUUUUAAUGAAUAUCCUAGUUUGAAAGAUCAUACAUUGGUACUAGAUCACGAUGAUCAUACAUUCACCACAUUUUCUGAUGAUUGGCAAAAUGAUGAUUUUAUUGUUCAUUUUGCAUCUAAUGAUUGUCCCGCUCAAUUUAUAUUGGAUUAUUUUAAAAAAGAAUAA